UCAUUGUCAAUUUUAUUAUGCGGUGAUCGGUGAUAAUGACGACUUUUCUCGAUUUAAAGUAAAUAAUGUUUUAUUUUCGUAAAGAACGCCGUAAGAAAAAUUAUUUCUGAGUAUAAAAGUAACUGGAGGAUACCAUUUCAUCUACCUCAUUUCUCAAUUGACUGAAUAUUUAUCGAUACAGUUUUGGUAGAGGUUAUAUUUUAGUUUCUGGAAGUAGUUGAAGAGUAUAUUUACACGAAAUGUUUUGCUGGGGCAAUUCCACGCACCACGAAUUGUGUAUAGAAACAUCUCAGAACACAGAUUUGGUAUUAAAACCAACUUUCUCAAAAUGGUCAGAAAGCAAUCAUGUGCAGACAGUGACGGCAGGUGAAUUCCAUGCCCUUUACCUCACCAGCAAUGGCCAUUUAUAUUCAUGUGGAAAUAAUGAUGUUGGACAACUGGGCAGGCAUACUAGCUCUCUUGAUGGAUCCUAUCCCGCUCUAGUGGAAGCAUUCAAAGGCUGCACAAUAUCAGCAAUAUCAUGCGGCAUGCAGCACUCCAUGGCCCUGGACGAAUGGGGACAGCCAUUCAGCUGGGGCUCGGAUAUAUUAGGACAACUUGGGAGUAACCUAGGCUCACAUACCCAGGACAAACCUAAGAUAGUGAAGUCUUUGGCUACGAGAAAUGUUAUACAGAUUGCGUGCGGAUCUUAUCAUUCUUUAGCUUUGACAAAUAAUGGUGACAUAUACGCGUGGGGUGCUAACACAUACGGCCAAUGCGGCCUAGGAACUGUGACGAAUAAAGAGCUAACGCCUCAACACAUCGCGUCGUUGCAAGGUGUACCCAUCGCCAUGAUUGCUUGUGGUAGCAAUCACACUUUCGCUUUGACUAAAUCAGGAGCAGUGUACGGAUGGGGGAAAAACUCACACGGCCAGCUAGGUCUACAGGAUAGAGACAACAGAUGUUAUCCGACACACUUGAAAGUAUUACGGAAUUCUAAAGUAUGUCACAUAGCGUGCGGGGAAGAUUUUACGGUGUUUUUAACGUUAGAAGGCGGUGUGUUUACAUGCGGCACUGGAGAAUACGGUCAGACGGGGCACGGAGCUACUAAAAACGAACUAGUGCCUAGAAAGGUCAUGGAACUCAUGGGCAGCACAGUGACUCAGAUCGCAUGUGGGCGGCGGCACUUACUAUGCCGCGUCGGAGAGCGCAUCCUCGCCUGUGGCUACGGAGCUCGCGGUCAGCUCGGCUGUCCUAACUUGUCUCUUGCUCUACUACCCACGCCCGUGCCCUUCACGCCUGGUGAUUCACCGUUCUCACAAGACCUGUUUAGAGGUCCAAUGAAAGUGUACGCCGGGGGUGACCACAGCUUUCUAGUGGUGAAUGGCGACAAGUCGCUGGGCACGGACUUUAGGGUCCCGGACCAUAAUAAGCAGGUGCUGACGUUGAAUUUGCCUAAACUGGCAGCUUGUGAGAUGUUUAAGGAUGAAGAUGUAGUUAAUCAAGAAUUGAUGGCGUACUUAGAAACGGUGUUCGGCGCAGCGGCCUGUAUCAACGGCUCUUUCCUGCUAGCCGAUAAUAACCACUAUGGCUGUAAUAAGAAGGUCCACGGGGUAGAUCUAAAGAAAGCGGAGGAAGCCUUCACGCUUAUAAGCAGGAUUGAGAACUCUUCCAUUAAAGAGCUGAUAUUCAGUCACUUGACCGAGAGCGUAAUAAAGAAGAUCAAAGUUUCACCUCCAGACGCCGAGGCUCUUAGACUAUUCAUGAUUCUACCGCUGUACCAUGAGAUGAGGAACCCUAGGCGGCAUACGGAACUACAGGGCCCGUUUGCAGAAGCGUUCAACAAACUAUCCAUAUACCCGCAACGCAUCGUCAAUCUGUGGUGGGAACAAGAGAGCAAUGAUUACUUCGAGAUGCUUGUCGAUAUCUUCAAGAGCGUCAUCGUUUAUGAGCUGAUGCAACCUAGUGUUAGAGCGAAUAAGAAACUUUACUUCAGUCACAGCCUAGUUCAAAUUUUAAACACGUUGUCUUCCCUCAACAAAAUCAACUUUUCCAACCCGAAGAAACCAAAGAUACCUGCCGAAUGCUUCUACAUCGAAGAUCUAUCAAACUAUGUCGAUAUUGCUACGGACUAUAUCAAUUGGUUGGCGGAUCAGGAAUCAUCAUCACCUCACAUGUGCAACUACGCGUUCCUCUUCGACGUCCAAUGCAAGUCCCUCCUCCUAAAGAUCGACCAGCAACUCCAGAUGCAGAUGGCCGUGACGCGGGCCGCCACACAAAUAUUCACCAGAAUAUUCAUGGAUCCCGGCUAUGAGUUCCAAAGAGACCAGUUUCUAAAUCUAACGGUGUCUAGGAACCAUAUAGUGAGAGAUACGAUGCUGCAAAUCAGUAACCAUGAUAGCUCGCAGUUGAAGAAACCACUAAAAGUAGAAUUCGUAGGCGAGGAAGCAGAAGACGCCGGCGGCGUUAAAAAGGAGUUCUUCUUAUUGCUGCUGAAGGAAAUAUUCGACCCCGUCUACGGCAUGUUCAAGCAGUCCGAAGAAACUAACAUGAUAUGGUUUUCCAAUAACCCUUUUGAAGAUGACGUUAUGUACUAUUUGAUAGGUGCUAUCUACGGUCUGGCCAUAUACAACUCCAUAAUAAUCUACGUGCCGUUCCCGCUGGUGUUGUACAAGAAGAUCCUUGGCGAGUCCAUCAUGCUGGACGACCUGUCCGACCUCUAUCCCACGCUGGCCAACAGUCUCAAGAGCCUACUGGAAUAUCCCGAUGAGGAUGUGGAAGACGUAUUCAGCCUAUGCUUCGCCGUGAACACGGUAGUGUUCGACCAAAUUCAAGUUCACCCUCUGAAAGAGAACGGCGAAAACAUAUCGGUCACUCACGAGAACAAAGCCGAAUACGUGGAGCUGUACGUCGACUUUCUACUCAACAAAUCCGUCGAGAAUCAGUUCAAGGCAUUCAAUCAGGGCUUUCAGAAGGUGUGCGGCGGCAGGAUAAUAAAGUUGUUCAGGUCCCACGAGCUCAUGUCCGUGGUGAUCGGCAACGAGGAGUACGACUGGGACCAGUUCGAGGCCAACUGCGAGUACAAGAACGGGUACUCGCACACCGACCAGCAGGCCAGAUGGUUUUGGGAAGUGUUCCAUGAGCUGUCCUUGGAAGAUAAGAAGAAGUUCCUACUAUUCUUGACUGGUAGCGACCGAGUUCCCAUACAAGGCAUGAGAGAUAUCAAAAUCCGAAUCCAGCCAGUAGCCGACGACAGAUACUUCCCUGUAGCCCACACCUGCUUCAACCUGCUCGAUCUGCCACGGUACAAGACCAAAGAGCGCCUCAAAUACCAUCUCCUCCAAGCCAUCCAGCAGACGCAAGGCUUCUCCCUCGUCUGAUAUUGGUUAAAAUCAAGUGAAUCAACCCGAAGAAUGCGCUAACGCUCGGAGCGAAUUCGUUUCACGCUCACUAUGGUACCGUCGAGUAAUGGUAACAUUCCAUUUCUGACCGCAGCUACACUACUGGUACUGAACACGUCGCUGUUAUUGUCAAUUUCCAUACUAAAAUGAACAGUAGUGCAGCUGUCGUUGGAAAUGGACUGUCACCUUUAGUGGUAAGGUCAAAUACCGGCUACAAGCUCUUUCGGGAGCAUUCCAUGAAAUUGUCUACCGUUGUCCCGUACAAACGCGAAGUUUCUGAAGAUUUAAAGGUAUAAUAGUUUCCUUUUCUAUGACAAAUGGUCAAAAAUAUGCACAGAAAAAUAAACUCUUUAAACUCUUGCGUUUCUUUUGUACCAUCGCCGACACUGUUAAUGGACCGGUGGCCUUAUGCCUUUUGUAAUAAGGUCCACCGAUGUACAGUUAGGAGUGUUGCUAAUUGUGUGACAGAAGGUGUAAAGCUAUUCCUUUCUGACCGCAUACAAAUACGAGAGUUCACGCCCUAUGACGGUCUUCUCUGCAAUACAUUUUAUAUGACCUUACCGUAAAAAAAUUACAGUCUAUGCUUCCAGCGUCAGCGUCGAACGAAUUCGCUCAGAGCGGUUUUUUGCAGUUAAAUUAGAGUGUCGGAAGGUAACGCAGUUGCAAAUGCCGUUUUGAAUAAGUUUUAUAUAAUUUUUGUAAUUUUAUUGUUUUUAGACUAAUGGUAACAUUCCAUUUCUGACCGCAGCUGCACUACUGGUACUGAACGCGUCGGUGUUAUUGUCAAUUUCCAUAGUAAAAUGAACAGUAGUGCAGCUGUCGUUGGAAAUGGACUGUCACCUUAAAGGUACCACAUUGUCGCCAGUGAACACGAUAUGUGUUACGCUAUGCAGUGUCAUGUAAACUGAACUUAGAAGAAAUAAACGAUAUUUUAUUGUAUCUACAUACUCCUUUUUCACUACCGACAAAGCGGUACCUUUUUUUGCAAAUCAGUCAUUUAUGUUUUCGGUAGAAUAUAUUUUUAUACCCAAGAAUUUUUUAUUUUAUAUAAUUAAUUAUACAUACUUUGUUCGGUUUCCUUCCGAUGCCAAUUGCAAAGGAACAAUAAAUGUUUAAAUGUACGUAACGUGAGAACAAUCAUUUCGGUUAUAUUGAGAUUAAGGUGUAAUAUUAGAGAGCGUUCCAUACAAAUUCAGCAGGAAACUUCAGUUUCGACACGCAAUAACAUAAUAUUGUCUGUUUGUAUGUUUUGUUUGAUAAAAUAAAUAAUAAUUGUUAUUUGAUGAGUGAAUGGAAUGUUAUUGUUGCGUUAUACCUGAAGGGCUAGCGUACGUGGGCAAUUUUUUGUGGCCGAGACAUGAUAAUUCUGACAUCUUACUGUAUUAAGUAGGAGAAUAGCGUAAAAAUUGUCACAUCGAUUUUGCCAUUCUUAUGCCACUAUGUCGGUUGUUAAUAAAGACAAUAAAAAAACCGAAAACGGUCGUGUGCUUAAGGAUAAUUCAAGAGUAUUGCUUUUUGAUAUCAAUUUCGAGAAUUGCUUCAUUAAAAUACUUACACAUCAGAGAAAAAUGCUGAUGGUUCUGCAGUUAUGGUCCUAGAACCUCUAUACACGGUGUAACAUGAGGAAACCGAAUAAUUUUAACAGCGUAUUCCUGAUCAUACUCGUAUUUAGAGACAAAAAUGUCAUAAACUUUUUUGAAAUUCGCCUGGUUUCAGAGAUAAUAUUGAUUUAAAAAUAAACAAGUUUUUGUUGUUACAUAGUGUAAAAGGCCUUUUUGAUGGUAAUGUUGCUACUACGGGACGUAGUCUAAAUAUCCUUAUUGAUAGAUGUCAAAAAGUGACAAGUAACACUUUGCAAAAAGAAGGUUAUACGAAAAAAAAAUGUAAAAAUCAAUUUUAAGUAAUAAGUUUACCAAUAACAUUUAUUUUUUAUGUCCAAAUAAUUUCAAAAAAUUGAAAAAACCAAAACAAAAAAAAAAUUUUUGGCGAAAUUGACCUAAACUCAUAGGUAUUACAUUUUUUCCUUCUUUUGACCUCACAAAUGCGUGGUUAAAAUUAUUCGGUUUCCUCAUGUUACACCGUGUAUAGCGGCCACCAUCCUAUCACAUCGAUUUUGCCAUUCUUAUGCCACUAUGUCGGUUGUUAAUAAAGACAAUAAAAAAACCGAAAACGGUCGUGUGCUUAAGGAUAAUUCAAGAGUAUUGCUUUUUGAUAUCAAUUUCGAGAAUUGCUUCAUUAAAAUACUUACACAUCAGAGAAAAAUGCUGAUGGUUCUGCAGUUAUGGUCCUAGAACCUCUAUACACGGUGUAACAUGAGGAAACCGAAUAAUUUUAACAGCGUAUUCCUGAUCAUACUCGUAUUUAGAGACAAAAAUGUCAUAAACUUUUUUGAAAUUCGCCUGGUUUCAGAGAUAAUAUUGAUUUAAAAAUAAACAAGUUUUUGUUGUUACAUAGUGUAAAAGGCCUUUUUGAUGGUAAUGUUGCUACUACGGGACGUAGUCUAAAUAUCCUUAUUGAUAGAUGUCAAAAAGUGACAAGUAACACUUUGCAAAAAGAAGGUUAUACGAAAAAAAAAUGUAAAAAUCAAUUUUAAGUAAUAAGUUUACCAAUAACAUUUAUUUUUUAUGUCCAAAUAAUUUCAAAAAAUUGAAAAAACCAAAACAAAAAAAAAAUUUUUGGCGAAAUUGACCUAAACUCAUAGGUAUUACAUUUUUUCCUUCUUUUGACCUCACAAAUGCGUGGUUAAAAUUAUUCGGUUUCCUCAUGUUACACCGUGUAUAGCGGCCACCAUCCUAUUACUAGUACUCCUCCCUCCUGGCUUCGUUCUCCUCAGUGCCGAGUAUUACUAGUACUAAAUAUCUCUAAUGAAAUUUAAAACAUUGCUUAAUGAAAUUCCUUUUGUUUUAAAACAAUAAUUUCAUUUCUAAUAUGAUUGAUUAAAAUUCGACAUGCUAUUUUUUGUACGGUAGGAGGUAUAAAGGAGAAUAAUAACCGACAGAGUGGUACCAUUUUAGUAUGGAACGAUAUUAUAUUCAUGCUGGUCCUUUCUUAAUUAAAAUUUGAAGAGUCCAUGGAAAUUUUAACUGUAUUUCUCAUUUGUAUAAGUUACUUAUCCCAAAUUGACUUUUUUCAUAUUUAAAAAUAAUACAACGCACGCGAAAGACGUCCGUUAACUUUAAAACACAUUUACCAUGGACCCUUCAAUUGUAAACAUACAUAAU